CGUGGGCAGCCUCCCGCCUCCCUCUCCUCCCCGCGCACGAGCGAUCCGAGGGCCCGAAGCGUUCCCGCGAGCGCGCGAACGCCGUGAGCCUCCCCGCGUGCGCCCCCCGGACCGCGCGCCGAGACCCCGGGCGCCGAGCGGCGAUGAACGCGACCUUCCUCAACCACAGCGGCUUGGAAGAGGUGGGCGGCGCGGGCAGCGGCGCGGGGGGCGCGCUGGGGAACCGCAGCCACGGCCUGGGCACGUGGCUGGACUGCUGUCCCGGGGGCGCGCCGCUGGCCGCCAGCGACGGGGUCCCCGCGGGGCUGGCGCCCGACGAGCGCAGCUUGUGGGUGUCGCGCGUGGCGCAGAUCGCCGUGCUCUGUGUGCUGUCGCUUACCGUGGUCUUCGGCGUUUUCUUCUUGGGCUGCAAUCUGCUCAUCAAGUCCGAAAGCAUGAUCAACUUUCUGGUGCAGGAACGCCGGCCCUCCAAGGACGUGGGCGCCGCCAUCCUGGGGCUGUACUGAGCGCCGCGCCCCGCCGCCCUCG